AUGCCCGCUCCGCCACCGUCGCACAGCCAAGAAGGCCAUGCGUGGCGCGAAUCCAAUAAAACGCAAGCUGAGCAUCCUCGUCCACUUGCCAAUCAGGAUGCUUAUCAAUAUACGGGCACCCGCUACGGUAACCAAGAUUUCGCCGCCACCAGCAACGCUUUCUCUACCCAACACCAGGAUACAGCCCCGACCCAUACGCAACCCACGUCGCAGCCUGUCGACACAGCCAGCGUUCAUACGGACACGAGAAGAACCGGCAGACCAUCUCGCCUGCGGUUGCUUCUGCGCACCAUUCUUUUUGUGGCCAGUGUGGGCCAUUUAGGCUUCGCAGCCGGUGCAUCACCCUACUCCAAUCAACCGGUGCCUUUUGACAAUCGAUCGUGCUUCUACUAUCUAUUUGCAGUGGUAUGCAACCAUGACAUCAUGAAAAUCUGUGAUUUUUUUUUCUUUUUUGGUUUACCUAACCAUGGCUAA